CAGAUUUGUGGGCGAAGUCAUCGGUCAACUUCCGGAAUAAGAAGUACCUUCUUCCUGAAGAAAAUUUCUGCAAUGUUUUAAUCCAUACUUUGACACUUACAAAUGUAAUCUAGAAAACGACGUUAAUUAAUGGCUGACAUAACAAAGUCAUGUUACUAAAUCUGAUCAAAGUGAGAAACAGGUCUUAAAUAUCUUUCGUACUCACAAUAAACCAACGCAAAGAACAUUUUGUUAGAAAAGAAAAUUUUAAUACAUUGUUAUGCAACUGUCUCUGACCAACCGCUAAGUUUUUUUCUGUAGCAUUUACUCCUGAAGACCAGUCACAUUUGUAACAGGUUGCACACAAUUUUGAAAUAGAGCAUUCUGUAAAGAUACAAAAAAAAAUUGCUACUGAGUACUGUUGAAGUAAAUUUAAAAAACUGUUUGGCAGAUUAGAUAAUUACAACAUCAUGUCUGACCAAGAAUCUGACACUGAUCUAGGCUUUCCAAUUACAAGAUUAAAGGCCUUAUAUGAUUACUCCUAUAAAGAUGACGAUGGUCACAUGAUCACAAUGAAACGAGGGGAUGAAUAUCAUUUGAUAUCUAAAAGUGGUGAUUGGUGGGAGGUUGUUCGAGAUUCUGGGAAUGCAAAUGAGUUAACUUUUUAUGUACCAGCUGCUUAUGUUCAAGUUUUAGAUGAUGAUUACACACAUUCUCCUAGAUCAAACAACUCUAAUGAAUCUUACACUGACAACAACAAUGAGAAAACUGAGCAAAUAAAUAUUAUAAGUGUUACAGGAAGUAAGAAUGUGAAAACAGAUAUGGCGUAUACAGGGUCAUCUGACUAUAUUAACUCAGGUGAAGUAGGAAUAACUUUUGGAAAAGGCAAAUCAAGUUUUAAGAAAAUAUCAGACUCAGGCAUUCCAUCUGCAACCAUUCCAGCUGUUUCUUCAGUGGCGGUACCAUUUAGGAGGAGUUUUUCAGAUGAAGGCGAUUAUGUUAACUUAGAUAAUUAUAGAACAGAAGCUGGCAUACAUGUUACUGAAAAAAAUGAUGGAGAGGCUACAGAUAGUGAUUAUGCAAAUUUUGCACCAAUCCAAUCGAAACACGAGCCACCAUCACCAGACAUUGAAAAAUGUGAUUACAUUAAAACAUUAUUAGAUGUAUGGCAAAUGUUUCAUGACCCCCAAACAAAUAGAUUAUUUUAUAUUAAUAAAGAAACAGAGGAGAGAACAUGGAAACCACCUAGACAUCCAAACAAACAUGAAAGAGCACAACAGAUCCUUACAAACGUUCAUGGACCAUUUACACCACGAGCUAGAGCAGCUAAGUUGGAUGCCAAGGUCAAUAGAACAGGGAUUGGUAUUUUACCAGAAAUCAAUGUAGAUCAAACAUUAACUGACAUUCCAGAAGGAUGGUGCGUGGAAGAAACCAAAGAAGGCACAGUUUAUGCUAAUGAAGAUACAGAAGAACGGUGGAUGAGUAGUAUAAAUACUGAAGGUAAAAGAUACUUCUACAAAGUUGGCAGUACUGAAGUGGCAUGGGAACUACCAAAGACAAACAGAAAAUCCAAUGGGGAUGUGAUAAUGGAGUUACCAAGUCCUCAGGCCAGCCCAUCAUCAUCCAGAUCGAACACGACUGGUAGAUCACCACAGAUUGGACGUUCUUUAAAGGCCAAGUCCAUGUUUAUUGAAAGUAGUGUUAAUUUCCAGCAAGUCAUGCCACAUUUUCCAACAAGCCCCCCACCAAGGGCACAGACUUUGCCAAACAAUUUGAAUACACAAGCUGGUGGUGACUCCAAUGCGGAGAAAACUUCAUACACACCCCAGCAGGAACCUUUUUCAGGAACAGUUAGCAGGGCCAAAAUUUUGGAAAGCAAUAAAAAGGUCAAGAAAAACUGGGUUACUUGUUAUGCUAAAUUAUCUUCAUCUAAUUUGGUAUUCUACAAAGAUAUGAAAUCAGCAAAGAGUGUGCCAGGAUCUCCAUUUGGAAAAUCAGAUUUUAUGAUCCCAUUGCAAGGUUGUCAGGUUUCAAAAGCAACGAAAGAGGUGUCAAGUAAACGCAAUGUCCUUGUUUUGAAUACCAGUCAUGGGGACCAGUACUUAAUACAAGCUGAUGAUGACAAAGCAGCUCAGAAGUUAUAUAUACAGCUGGAAAUAAAAAUCAAUGAGUUCGGCAAUCAACCAAAUGAAGGUAUGACAAAAUUUUCUUUAGGGCCUCCAGAAUCUGAAGAAGAUGAUGACAAACUGAAACGAAAAACUUCAUUUAAGAGACUGUUCCAUUCUAGAACUCCAUCAAAUACUGAUAAUAGUUUAGAAAAGUCACAGACUAAAUGGUUACAGAAAUUUUUCUCUAAACGACCAUCUAAGGAAUUGUUGGAACAGAAAGGAAUUAUUAAAGAUGCUAUGUUUGGUGGUGAAUUAAAGAUAAUUUGUGAUAGAGAGAAAACAAAGAUACCAAAGUUUGUAGUCAAAUGUGUGGCCGCUAUAGAAAAAAGAGGGUUAGAACAUGAUGGUAUAUAUAGAAUUAGUGGUAAUCAGGCUACAAUACAGAAACUUCGAUGUCAGGUGGAUCAAGAUAAAUAUGACCUGGAUUCUAAAGAAUGGGAUGUUUUUACAUUAACCGGUGCUCUCAAACUAUUCUUUAGAGAAUUGAAAGAACCGUUACUAACCUUCAACUUAUUUGAUAAAGCUGUUCCAGCAUUAACAAGAGAAUCAACUGCAGAACGACUGAGGAUUUUCAGAGAUAAUAUACACAAUUUACCUAAAUAUAACUUUGAAACUUUUAAAUGCCUUUGUGCUCAUCUGUUAAAGGUGACAGAAUUAAGUAAAGAAAAUAGGAUGGAAGUACAGAAUAUUGCCAUUGUAUUUGGUCCAACGUUGAUCUGGCCACAACAUGAAAACAAUCACUGUAUAGCCACGAACAUGGUUUACCAAAGUAAAAUUGUUGAAUAUUGUUUAUUAGAAAGUAAGGCUAUCUUCAGGUGAAAGUGGAAAGAUUAAGAGAUAUAUUAUAUUUGAUUGAUAUUCAGGGACAAUCUACAAAGUAUAGAGUAAAUUUGUGUAUGGAAGAGAAAUCUGACCUUUAUAUAGCAUUAUUCAAUGAUGGCGAAGAAGAAAUGUUAUUUGCAGAACCCAAGUUUGUUAUCUGCUUUAAAUUUAUACUGAAGCCUUAUUUUAAUUUAUUAAUGCUUUAAGGUGUUAUUGAAACAGAUACAUAUAAAAGAGAAUAAUCCAGUCAGGAUAAGUACAAGUUGUCAUCUAUGAAAUUAAUGUUGAAAGUACAUUCUUCAGUGAUGUGUUUGUAUGGAAAUUAAAGUUUUGGAUCUAAGGAUUAAUUUGUAAUAUUCGGAAACAAUAACUAGUUCAUAGCAACUAACAAGUAAUACAUUGUGUUUACUGUACCCUGAAUAACCCUGAUUUUUGAGUGUGGACCCUACAUUUUUUCACUGAAAAUUAGGGAAAAUUAUGUUUUCACAGGUAUUAUUCUUGACACAAAUGUUCAACUUGUUCAACCGCUAACCUUAAUUCUGAAAUCAUCAACAGGUAUUGUGUAAAAUCAAGUCGAACAUAUCUGAUCGACAAAAACAGCUUUGACAAAUGGCCGCCAAUCGAAAAUAUAGGUAAAUGGAAAACUGAAUCCAAAUCUGGAAUAGGAUAAGGCUAUUUCAUGGGGUUUCAGAUCAAAUAAUAAUAAAAAAAAAUUGCGAACUAAUGAUCCUAGUUUUUCUCCAGCAGGUAACAGUAAACACACAUAUUUUUUAAUUUUUGGCUUAAGGGUAUUUGUUGAAACUUACAACAUAAAAUUUUAGUGUUUUUUUUAUUGGUUAGUUUAUUGAUUAGUUUUAAGUUUAAGCAGUAUACUGAUAAUUCGAGGAAUGCUGAUGAAAAUGUUCUUUGCUGUUAAUGAGGUUAAGGAAAAGAGUUUAAAGCUUUGCUUUGCCUUACAAUGCUAUAAGUAACAGAUAUAUUCCAUUUUUGCAUACAUUUUUGAUUUUGUGGUAUGCUGGUUCAUUUUUUUCUGAUGGUGCCCAUGUUGAUGGUUUAAUUUUGUUUAUAUAUUUGUUAAUUUUGUUGUUGAAUUUUCUAUGAAUUUUAUCAAUCAUGUUAUAUCAUACAAAGAUAUGUACUAUUGUGUGUGUGUGUGUGCUGCAGUUAUAAGCAGUAUAGGUUAUUUCUUAGUAUGUUUAAAUAGUUGACUUUGAAUUUUUGAUUUUUUCAUACAUAUUCAUAUCAGGAAGAAGUAACACAGACAUGAAUAUAUAUACUGUUUUGGUCGACUAAGACUCAGAAUGUUCUGUUCACACUAUAUAAGAAGUCUCUCUAGACUGUUAAUUUAUUAACCCCAUAGAGUGGAAUUCAAAUUGAAAUAAAACAUAGAAUUUUUUAUCAUGCAAUUUUCAAAAAUUUAAUAUUAUGUUUGGAUCAUGGAUUUUUUUGAGAAAAUAAGGGUACACUCUUUUCUGGCUGCAAAACAAAACAUAUCAACUUACUGUACAUUCCUUUAUAAAAUUGAAGUGUUAGAGUUAUUUUUCCUAAUAUGGGUAGGUUGGAAGAAAAUUGUAUAAACAAAAUAUUUUCUAUUUGUAAAAACAGUUGUAAUAAUAAGACCAAACACAUAAUUUUCUUUAUUGAGAUGAAAAGUCUUACAAAUGACUUGCAUCCCUGUGUCAUAAUUUGCAUAUUUAAUUAAAGAUCUGGACUGGUUGUUUUCUGCUAUUUUAAAAUCCAAGAUGGACAGAAGAUCCCCAAGCUACCUUAAAAAUCUUGUGGAUCUAGUAAAAAGCAGUACAUAUAUUAUUCAUAUGUUUUCAUGUUGAAUAUAGAUGGAAGAUUGCCAGCUAAAAUUUAAACAUCCAUUCAUCUGUGCAAUAUAAAAAAUAAAACUGUCAUGGGUAACAACAAGGGUAAAAUUCUGUACAGCUGUAAAAAGAUUAAAAAAAAGUCAAUGCAGGUAUUAUAUCUUUUGUCUUUCUACCUUUAACUUUCAAGUUUGUGUAGCCUAUGGAGUAAAUUUUGUUUACACCACAGUGCAGAGCAAAUAAAUAUUUAAUUGUGUAUAAGGUUUCCUUCUAAUACUUUUGUACCAUUAAGGAAAGUCAUUUUCAAAAAUAUUAGAAUUAAAUCUAUUGAACCUUGUGAGUAAAUAAUUUUAGAUUUUUGUUAUAUUUUUGAACAGUUAUUUUUUUCUCUUGUAUUUGAUUUAAAACAAAGCAGAUACAUUUUUUCUAGUCUUAAGUUUCAAAUGCUUGUACCUCAAAAACAGGCCCAUGGUCCUAUACAAUAUAACUACUAUUAAAAACUUUCAUGUACUGUACAUUUUCUUUUAAACAAGACAUCAUUUAUAAUAUUUUGAUUUUUAACAAUAAACAUCUGUUAGAUAUAAUGAUAAAGAAGAAAAAAAAACACUAAGGAAAUUUGAAACAUACUAUUUCUUUUCUAAAUGGAUUUUUUUUUUUGGAAAGGCCUUUUAAAUAAUAUAUAUUGCACAUUAAGUGAAAUUUAUACAUGAGCCUUUUCCAAGAAAUUUCUACAGGGAAUUUUUGUUUUUAAAAUUAAUUUUAGGAAACAAAUGCCUGUAGAAGUUAUAUCAUCUAAUAAGUUAAAAAUUUAUGCCCUCCUUUUAAUUUUCUUUAACUAGAUUUCUAUGAUAUUCUGAUAUUAACCUUUGUAUAUCAAUAGAUUCAUGAGUUAAAAAAGAGCUUUCAAAGACUUUUGUAUUUGCAAUUUUACCUCAAUUUAAAAAAAAACAUAAGAUUUUCACACGAGAAAAGGAGGGCAGGUGAAUACAGUUAUGAUAAUGUUGUGUAAAUGUUGCUUUUUUUUAUAAUUUAAUAUAGAAAACUUGAUACAUUUUAAAUGUUUUUAUAUUUACUAAAAGAUCAUGAUUAAUUUUGAAAACACUGCACAUGUGCAUAAUUUAUAAACAGAGUCUUAUACAGCAGAUAUGUGUAUGUCAGAAAAGUUAUCAUUUAUAUAAGUAAAAAUAUAUAUUGUUAUGUUUGGUAAUGUUGCAUUGUGAUACUUGAAUUGUUAAUUUUUUUAAUUACAUAGUUAGGUUAAUUAAAUAUAAAGCAUAUUAAAAGUUGGUGUAAGUGUAAAUAAGUUUUUUUUUGGUGGAUCAAUGGUUCUUACUUAAUUUCCAAACUCCAUUAAUCAUGAAAAUAGUAAGCCCCACCACUUUUGAAAAUCCCAAUUAAAGAAAAAAAUAUUGAAAAGAAAAAAAUAUAUGAAAAUAUAAGAGGACACUGACUAACUUCUAGACUAUUAAAUGGACUUAAUUGAAUUUCUUUUGUGUUUGUCACUUUCAGAAGUUCCUCCCCACUUUUUGGUCUACCUCUAUGGCACUCACUUAAAUUCUGUGUUUGUUUAAUGAUUUGGUUCUGUUUAGUGGUUCAAUGGAUUUAAAUGACUCGCACCAUAAUGCAAAACAUAAAAUAUUUCCUAUCAGAUUUGACAAAACUCUUGCUGUUUCCUAGAUAGUAGACAUUUAAGGGAGCUAAAAAGGAUUGGCAUUACAAUAGUAUUUGUUUUAUCUAAGUAGGAGUUGGAUUUGUUUUAACAUUGCAAAAUCCAGCUUAACUGCUUCCACAUAUUAAGCAUAAUUUAUAAAAUGGCUCAAAUGGGUUCAAAGCCUAAAUAUUUAGUUUUCAUUUCAAGGACUAUUUUUGACAGUGGUAUACAAUUUCCCACCCCCCGACAGUUAGACCUAGUAGUUUCAGUGAGCUGUUGCUCAUAUACACUGUAUUGUGACAAGCCCAAUACUUGUCCUUAAUGAUAAACAGCAUAUCCCUUUAUGAUUAUUUUUUUUAUUACUCAGUAAAAGUAAUGUGAUAUAAUAUGACAUUAUAUUAUACAAAAUAGUUUAAAUGUGACAAACAUACAUAUAGAAUGUCACAUAUAUAAAUAUAUAUAUAUAUAUAUCAUUCCAGUUUUAGAUAAUCAUUCCAGGAUAGAGAAAUAGUUGUGAAAAAAGAAGUAUGUCAUACAAGACUUGAUAUAUAUUGGGUUGUAGUGAGUCUGUCGUAAUAUCAUAUUUAUAACCCAAGCAAAAAAAUCAAAUGGACAACCAUUUUUGGAGGGCAAGUUGGAUUAAAUUUAUAUAACUUACCUAUGUGUGUCUCCAGGAAAAAUAUUUUCAUUUUUUAUCUGAGUACCUAAAUUUUAAAAGAUGAUCCACUGUUUUCACACUCAAAUAAGCUGGAAUAUUUUAAAGAUUGUAGUAUGGAAUCCAUAUCCUAGUACUGCUAGUACUGACCUAGUAGGGAGGCUUUAUACCAUUUCAUUCAUUGGAGUAUGUGAGCUUUCUCAUUAAGGCAGUUUAUUCAUUGAAUGGAACAGAAGUGUAUUGGUAGUAUUAUUGGCCUACACCCCUAUAAUCAUUAUAUGAUUUAAAUGUCACAUUCCAUGAAUACAUUGGAAGAUGUAUUUAUUUAUUGAUAAUAAAAUAUAAAGACAUUCAUUUGUAACUUUUUUUGUCAGGUUUUAUAACCUUCAUAAAAGUAAUGCUUCAAUUUGCUGAUUUUGGAUUACUUCAUUUUGCUAAUUUUAAGACUUCUUUUUGCUUGAAAGUUACAAUUUAUUUUUUAGGGUUACUAAUAUUGUAUUUUAGAUAUGGAUAAAUAAUUUUCUCAGUUUUAAAGUUGAAAUUUAUAACCCGAGUAACAAAAUUGCUGGCCUGCGUUUCACAAAAAAUUUUGAUUGUAAGUCAUGAACAAUUCAGUAUACUUAUCUGUUUUAUUCGUAAGAUUUUUUGUGAAACAGAGGCCAGACAUUAAAUGUUUUUGUCUGUCAUCACUUUGUUUUUCCGAAAGAUAGCUUAUUUUCAUGUCUUGACAAAUCAGAUUUGCCUUGCUCAACUUUUCUUUUCAUAUUCUUUUUAUGAAAUCAAUUUGAAUCUUCUUUUGGGAACAUUGUUUGUUAAUUUUCUUAUACUACUACUGGCUCUGAUCUGUGUACAAAGGUUCUUUCAGAGUUUGUUUCCUGAUGUUUAAUCAUCUGUUCUCAGUAAUUACAUACAUGUGCUUCCUGUACAAGGAAAUAAACAUGACAUUAAAAAGUAGCUAUAAUUGUGUUUUUAUUUGAUUAUAAAGAUUUUCUGUCAACAUUAGGUAUGUAGAGUUGGAGAAGAAUCAAAAUUAUAAAUGAUCUGAGAUGAAUACUGAAUAUUAAUCACAGAUUUUUGUUCACAAUUGUUCUAGUCACAGUUCUCAGUCUUUCAGUAGAAUUGAGAACAGUAUUGGGAAUAAAAACUAAGAAAGAAUACCAUUUUCCAACCCAGAGCCAAGAAGCUCUUUGGUUAAGAUUUCAGACAAUACUGGAAUGACAAAAAUUAAAGAAAUAGGAUUUUGUAUGUACAAACAAUUGUGAUGUGUAAACAAUAAAAUCAAUAUGCAAGAUGAAAACCUUUAGCAAAUUUGGUGAAUCUGCUUUAAUUCUCAUUCUCUUUGAACAUGACAUCUAUUGUUUACAAAAAUACUAAAAGUCUUGGUCACAAAUAAUUUACAUCAUUGAAUUGGGAACUGCUCUUAAAAAAACUCAAAGGAAAAGUUUUCUCUGUGGGAUCAGAUUAGGAACUUUAAAUACUUAAGGGAACACAAUACCUUAAAUUUUAUAAAACUGAUAAUACUUACAGUAUUUCAUCAGUUGAAAUGGUGUUCAUAUGUAAUUAUUUAUAUAUGUUGCAUAUCUUCAUUUCACUGUCUUUUAAUAUUGUUAGUUAAAAUCCCAACAUAGAAAGUAGUGUGUGUAGCAUGAUUGAUCUGCUAUUUGUUCAUUUUAUUUUAUUUAUCCAUGUACGUUUGUCUACUUUGUAUCCCUAAUUCAUUUACAACUUCAUUCAAGAAACUCUUGACAAAUAUUCAGUACCUGACUGCAUUAUGCAUCUAUAUUACUAUUUAAUUGAAUGAUUUUUUGGUUUUCUAAAACAAUAUUGACUGCCAUAGAUACAAAUGUGGUUGAGGGUAUGAAUAUGUGAGCCCUGUUCACAAUUUUUGUAGAUGUUUAUUUAUGUUAAAGUAGUAGACACAUGGAAAGGUUAAGUGAGAAAUCAAACUAUUAUGUUUUGAUUUAUGUCUAUAAUUCUUUAGACAGUUUAAUAAUGGAAUAUUACAGAAGAACUGUCUUCAUGUGAUCAGAAUGUUAAUCUACAACAGUCAACUCUACAAACUUUGAUUUUGAGUAUAAAUUAUAUUAAUUUAUAUGAUUGUACUUGUAUUGAUAUCUACUUGUAAUUUAUUUUCUGUUAGCUGUUAUCAUUAAAAGAUAUGGCCGGACGUAUGGGCUGGAUAGUUAUAAUGAACAACUACAAUGUACUUUUAAAAAAAUGGUUUACUGGUUCUUUCAGAUAAUUAAUACUGUAGAUCAACUAAUUUUUGUGGAUAUUUUUUUCACGUUUAGCCUUUUCUAUUGGACUUGGCAACAAUAUAUUUUCAUCAUGUUCUUACUUUGCGGAUGUACAAAAUGUAUUCAUGUAACAGAAAAUACUAAUUGGCUCCAAUUAAUUUUAGAACGAUGUUUGUACUCUUGAAAGUCACGAAAUAAAUUGCUCACAAAAAUUAGUUGGUUUCCAGUACUGCAGUAAUUAUGAAAUGCUGACUUGAUUAAAUGUUUCAUUAGUAUUAUAAAAGAACAUAUCAUGUUAAACAUUCCAUAAGAGGAGAGGAUGAUUUAUUUUUCUUGAUAAGGAGUUGGUCAAGUUUUGGGUUUGAAGAUAAUGAGUAUGACUAUGUUUUUCAAGUUAUGCCAGAUAUAAAAAGUAAUAUUGAAAUUUCUAUCUUUUCAAAAUUUUUACAUAAAUAACAUUUGACUUGUAUCAGCAGGCUACCUAUGCAUUUAGUGACAUAUAUUUCCAAAGUGUACAUGAAUCAUCUCACUAUUGUACCCGGAUUGUCAUAUAUUAGAUUCAAAAAGAGUAUUUGUAAUGUAUGACCAUAUAAUUAGAUAUAUAUUGUAGACAUAUGUGUUUCUUUUCCAAGACAAACUCUCAUUCGGAAAAUUUAUCAUACCUGUACAAGUACAGCUUUCAUAUUCCAGUAUUGUUAAUAUGUUGAUCCUGACAGAUUUUAGUGUAUAUUAAUUUUAAUUUGAAUAAAUAAUGAAUUUAAACAAGAUUAUUAUGUAUAUAAAUAUAAAAAUAACAAAACAUAA